CCCCAACCCACCUUUUUUUUUUUUCUCACCAAACCGGAAGAUGACAAAAUCUCACUCUCUGACGAGAUUUACAGGACCUCGUAAGUUCUCGUUCUCAUCUACUACUUCCUUUUGAGUCUUAGUCCUAUUGGUAUAAGAAUGGCUCCACGUAAAGGAAAGACGCAACAGCAGCAAGAGCAAGUGUCGCUUGGCCCACAAGUGCUGGAAGGAGAGAAUGUUUUCGGCGUAGCCCACAUUUUUGCUAGUUUCAAUGAUACAUUUGUGCAUGUUACUGACCUUUCAGGCAAAGAAACUAUAGCUCGUGUGACAGGUGGAAUGAAGGUAAAGGCUGAUCGAGAUGAAGCUUCCCCUUACGCUGCAAUGUUGGCUGCACAAGAAGUAGCAGAAAGGUGCAAAACAGUUGGAAUUACAGCUCUUCAUAUUCGCCUUAGAGCUACAGGAGGCAAUAAAACUAAGACUCCAGGCCCUGGAGCUCAGUCAGCUCUCCGAGCCUUGGCUCGCUCUGGUAUGAAAAUAGGACGUAUUGAGGAUGUUACUCCUAUUCCAUCAGAUAGCACCAGAAGGAAGGGUGGUCGUCGUGGACGUCGUUUGUAAAUGUUUGAUUAAAGUUCCACUGAAAAUUA